AUGGACCUUUCUAAGAUCAAGAUGCAGAACCUAGAAGAAAAAGGAAGCAGGAGGAGGUUGUCCAAAACUCUCCGGCCGAGAGUUCACCUGAGCAUGGAGGCGGUGGCCACCGCGUUGGAGUCAUACCGGGGCCGAGAUCGAUUGGUGCGCACGGUCUGCUACAGCUCCAGGCUGCUGGGCGGCCUGCAGUUGGCAUCGCGGAAUGGCCGCCCAGAACUGGACCGCCGGCUGCUGCGCCUGUCGCAGGAGCUCAGCAGUUGCCGAGCGACACUGCGGCUCUUUGACGACCUGUCCAUGUUCCUGUACUCGCGAGAAUACGGCCUGGGCGCCGCGGAGGAAGAUGCUGUUAUUCGUUGGCUGUCCAUAGUUGCAAACAUGACAGAUCAGCUCUUCUACCCCUGUGAACACCUGGCUUGGGCUGCAGAUUACAAAAUCCUCAGCGUCAACUCUAGCAAGUGGUGGACACUUAGUAACGUGAUGUGGAGUCUGUCGCUGGUGCUGGGAGCUCUACGAUCUUUAAGAGUUCUGCAGCUGCUAAAGAAAAAAUUGAAAAGGGAUCAAAAAGGCCACCUUGGAACAGGAGAACUGAGGGCACUGGAUAAUUACCGGGUCCGGAAACAAGCAGAAACCCUCAACCUCAUCAGCAACCUGAGUGACCUGGCCAAUGCUGUGCAUUGGAUGCCACCUGGCUUCCUGUGGGCAGGACGCUUCCCAGAGUGGCUGGUCGGACUCUUGGGCACAAUCUCUUCCCUGAUCAGUCUCCAUCAGAUGUGUGUGAGCAAUGCCAGCAAGGACCCUUGAGAAGAUGGCUUCUUCACAUUGACCUGCAUCGAAUCUCUUGCCACAAAGAAAAAUCCAGUUAUUUAUUCACCAGGGCUCUUUGAGAAGUUUUCUCCAUGAAGCAACAUGGUUUUCAAGCUUUCCCCAUCACCUCGUGGACAAGACUUUGCAUCAAGGUUGGCAGUGAAAGUCUGGGAUCCAAUUUCUGACCUAAGCAGUGGAUUACUAAUCUGUUAGAGACCGGCUCUGAAUCACUGAUUUUUGCCAAUCGUGGUUAAGGCUUCACCAAGAAGACUUGAGAAUUGGCAGACUCUAGGAGAGACAGCUUCCAGGAGAAGUGCAAAGAUUCAAUAUCAGUCCGAAAUAAAGUUUGGCAGCCUGUAGAUGUAUUAGUUUAAUUCCACUUUAUUUGUCGGUGAUGUGAUAUAAAAUAGAAAAUGGAAGAAAUGUUUGAUGGGUCAGACAGCAUCUGUGGACAAAGAACUGGUUAACAUUUCAUGUCUUUCAUCAUAAAGGCUUGCAGUUAAAACAAUUUAUCAUCAGAACACACUUCUGUGCUUUCACUGAUGGUUUUUGUUUGGAGAACAUUCUGCCAGGACCCACACCUUCUGCUCCAACAUACAUCAACUUCACUAGGAAACACUGAACCACUGUUGCAGAGAGGAUGUAUUCACAGAAGUAAAAUAACAGUAAACUGUCAACUAAUAUAAUGGAAUGAUAACAGAGGCUCAGACCUAAUUCACAGCACAUAGAUGAAGGAUAUU